GAGCUCUGAGACCCGAGUUAAUUAACUGAUUGUCCCAGAUUCACAGCCAGUCAGCCGCCCUCAUUCUAGCCUCCAUCGUAGCUUCUCGUUCUCACCGCCACAACUCGGCACUCAUCCAUCGCAGCUUCUCAGCUUCGCAAAAUUUUUAUCAAGAUCUCCAAACUUGCAGAAAUUUGUAAAUAUGCAAGUUUUGAUAAAGACUAAUGAGAGGAGCACACCACAAUUAUUAGGGUUUUGGUAAAUCCCAGAUAUGUCGACGGGCAAACCCAAAGACGGUGACUUUCAGAUGGUUGCAGUGCCUGGAAGCUCAAAACCGCCGCUAGCGCCAUCAUCUUCGAAUGCCUUAGUGGAAUACACAACACCGGUGACUUUCAAGGAGGAAGAGGAGGACCUGGAAGUCAAGCUACGCCGUAUUAUCGAUAACGUCCCCGUGCGUGUCAGCAACACCUCCGGUAGUUCUGCCGGUUCUGGCUCCGGUGACUUCCACCAGUAUCGGCAAAUGCGGCGUAAGGAGCAAGAUCGACUUGCUAGGAUGGAGGUUGACUACCAGAAGAGGAAAGAGCUAGCAGAAUUUAAAAUGAGAAGGGAGGAAAGGCUAAAAGCUGCAGAAGAACGGACGGCAAAGAAAAGAGCAAAGCGUCAAAAGAAGAAGCAAAGGAAAAAGGAGAAGAAGAUGAAAUUAAACAGCGGAGAAGAGCAGCCAGAGAAAGAAGAUACUUCAGAUGAUGGAGACUCUGAUAAAGAUGAAGAGGCAGCACCUUAGAUCAAGCUUUAGUUGUACUCAAACACUUGAAAUUUGGUUCAAGCUAGGUGGAUUUUGACUUGAGGCCGAAUUGAUUUGUGAUGUUGCAUGGGUUUCUUUGUAAGAAGAUCAUGUUGCUGUGAGAUUGACUGAUUUUCUACGUCAAGCUUCUUCCUCCAAACUAAAAUUAAAUUAGAAUUGUAUGUUUUCUAUUGUAUAAACUUUAGCACAAAAUUUAAGAUGAAGUUUCUCUCCUGAACGAA